CAACUCUUUCACCAUCAAAAGGUUAUGAUAUUUUCUCUCCUCCAACAUCUUCAAUCUUCAUCACAUUUCCCUCCACCCAAAAAACUCCACACAGACAUCACACAAUUCAACAAAAUGGCAGUGAUAAACUGCUACUUUUCGAUAACAUCUGCAGCAGCAACGCCCAUCCCACAAGAUUCUCCGACGAAUCCUCCCCCGUCUUCAUCUUCAUCGGCUCAACCAGCAAAAUCCAGCCCAAGGCCGACCAAGAUUUUGCUUCCUAAUAAGAAGCCUCUGAAAUGGACUACAGGAGUUGGCCCGGGCGAAUAUGGUGGCCCACCUACUACCACCAAGCUCAGGAAGUACUGGGGCGGCGAAGAAGAGGACCCUAUCACUUCCGAUGACUAUAUUUGGAAUAAAGAUUUCAUGGGUCGCAUGAAAAGGCUUAUUGAGGAACCUAAAAUUGUUGAUGACCCUUUUGUUUCUCCUUCAAAGGAGGAGGAUUCUGGAUUUCUUAGCUUAAAUAGAGUCAUGAGUCUUGACAGCUUGGAUGUUGACUUGAGCAAAGAGUUAACGGCCCCUACAAAAGCAAUAGUGGUAGAAGAAGUAGCGGGGAAGAGUAAAACUAGUGGAAUAGCAAGUCGAAAAUGGAGACCAGCACCCACCCGUCGCGAGCUGGAUAAGUGGGAUAAAGCUGCCAAAGCUGCAACUGGAGGAAGUGAUGUGAUGCUCAGGGAAGUACGACGGCCCAUAGGUGAUCCAGAAGUAUUGGCAGCUGAAUCAAGAGAGCAAUACUUUAAGUUAAAGGAGAGGUUGCAGUUGCUAACGCUUGGCAUCGGUGGCAUUGGCGUCAUCUCAGCUUAUAUAUCUUAUACACCUGAAAUUGCUGCUAGCUAUUUUGCAGGACUACUUGGUUCUUUGGCGUAUAUGAGGAUGCUUGGAAACACUGUGGACUCUAUGGCCGAUGGAGCCAGCGGUGCUAAAGGGCUUGUCAAGGGGGCAGCAGGACAACCAAGGCUAUUGGUUCCUGUCAUCUUGGUCAUGGUCUACAAUAGAUGGAAUGAGAUAUUAGUUCCGGACUAUGGAUUUAUGCACCUUGAAUUGAUACCUAUGUUAGUGGGAUUCUUCACAUACAAGAUAGCAACCCUCUUUCAAGCUAUUGAGGAUGCAGUAAAUGUGACAAGGGAAGAGACACAAGCUUAGAAUGAAGAUAGAAGAGACACAAGCUUGAUGCUGUACACUGGAAGGGCAACUAAUAUUUUACAAAAUCUUCUUCACUUUCUUCAACUUUGAAGUUGCAAUGGAGGCCUAUGUUCUAUUGUAUAGAAAAAGGUAGAACGGCUUCGGAUUCGUGGAAUUCUUCUGUAUUUUGUAUUAAUUUUUGUAUAGUGUAAAUUUUUGUUGUAAUAUAAUAGUUUCUGUCAUUAUUUAAUAGUGCAAGAGUAUUUUUAUCAAGUUGCAACUGUUCCUUCACAACUGCCAUUCCAAAAACUUAGUCCUUAAAUGCAUCUUGACAUAUAUUGUAAUCAGUUACACUUAAUAUUUUUUAACAAUUCUGUCAAAAAAUUUGAUUGUUC